AUUUAUAAAUGUCUAUCCAUUGAAUAACCAGAGAUUAAAAUCCUGAAAACCCUAACUUAUUGAUAGGAAAAACGAUGGAAGAAAAUUGUCUUUCUAGAAAGAAAUUUGCAUAUAUGGGCGAAUGAUUGUUUAUUUGUAUAAAUAACCGGCAGUAUUUAGAGAAUCAGCAGAAGAAUUGGAAGAUGGCGGAGGCUACAACCGCGGGGUCGAGCGGUAGAUCUGGCGUCGGCGGAGCAUCGGCGGAUUCGUACAUCGGCAGCUUGAUUAGUUUGACUUCGAAGAGUGAGAUCAGAUACGAAGGUAUACUGUAUAACAUCAACACUGAGGAGUCCAGCAUCGGCCUACGCAACGUGAGAUCAUUUGGAACAGAAGGACGGAAAAAGGAUGGACCUCAAGUCCCUCCUAGCGACAAAAUUUAUGAAUACAUACUGUUUAGAGGAACUGAUAUUAAGGAUUUGCAGGUCAAAGCUUCCCCUCCAGUUCAGACUACACCACCCAUUAACAGUGAUCCUGCAAUCAUUCAGUCGCAUUAUCUACGUCCGACAGCCCCACCUACAAGCUUGCCUACAGGUCCUAGUGGGUCUCUAACAGAUCUUGGUCCCCAUUCUGCACCAAUGGGACUCCCUGGGUCAAAUUUGAAUUCUUGGGGCCCAACUCCACCUAAUGCAAAUGGUAGUGGCUUAACUAUGCCAAUGUAUUGGCAGGGAUUCUAUGGCACACCUAAUGUUCUUCCACAACUAUCGCAACAGUCCUUGCUUCGGCCGCCUCUGGGCAUGUCAAUUACUCCAUCUAUGCAACAGAUGCAAUUUCCUGCUUUCAAUUCAUCUUUACCAAUAGCUGCAUCUAGCCUGCCCAGUUCUACUGUGCCUGAUCACCAUUCUUCGUUUAUUCCUAACAGUACAAGUUCUUCUAGUUUUACCUCUAGCAUGCCUUCAUCGACUUUGUCUUUAAAUCUGCCCCCUAUGCAACCUGUUUCUUCAGCAUCUGAAACAAUGGCCAAUCUGUUGCCAAACAAGGCUCCUGUUUCUGCUAUCUCUACAUCAAUGCUGAGCUCUAGCUUGCCAUCAUUGGCUCCAUUUUCUGUUCCUGACAAUGCAGGAACAACUUCCGUUACUAGCAAGAGCGUAGUACCUGUCCCCGCAGCUGUGCCUGAGCAGACCAUAUCUCAGCCUGUAACAUCUAAUGCUGGGCCAUCUGGUUUCGGUCGAAAUGAGACUCCACCACCUUCUUUGAUAACCCCAGGGCAUCUGUUACAGUCUGGACCAUCUACUGCUUCUGCACCUCAAUCUUUACAAACAAUACAUAAGGAUGUGGAAGUAGUUCCUGUAGCAGCGGAAGCUCAACCACCUAUAUUAUCAUUGCCACCAAAUGCUCGUGCACACAAGCCAAAUGGAGGCCCGUAUUACACGCGUAACAAUUACAGAGGGCGUGGCAGAAGAGGAUCUGGGAACCAGCGGCCAGUUAUGAAAUUUACUGAAGAUUUUGAUUUUAUGGCAAUGAAUGAGAAAUUCAAGAAGGAUGAAGUUUGGGGCCAUCUGGGAAAAGGUAAUAGGUCGCAAUCAAAGGAUAAAGAAGGAAACGGUGAUGGGAGUGAUGAGGAAGAUCGAGACGAUGAGGAUGAUGUUGAAUUGCCUAAUAUUGAGGUCAAGCCUAUUUACAAUAAGGAUGACUUCUUUGACUCCCUUUCUUCCAAUGCCCUGAAUAAUGAUCCUAAUCGUGGAAGGACAAGAUAUUCGGAGCAAAUAAAGUUAGACACAGAGACAUUUGGAGAAUAUUCAAGGUAUCGAGUUGGUAGAGGAGGCCGGGGACCAUAUCGUGGUGGUGGCCGUUAUCGUGGGUCUUUCUAUGGAAGAGGAGGAGGAGGAGGUUAUGGAUAUGUAAAUAGGGGGCGCGGGCGCAGCAUGCAGAGUCCAGCUUCCUAGUGACCGUGAUCAGUGUAGAAACUUUUGUGUAUUGUGAUUGUGAUUGUGAUUGUGAUUGUGAUUGUGAUUGUGAUUGUUAAACUUAGGGUGAUGGGAUAAGAGUCGUUGAUCUUCCUCUUUUGUUAAAUCCUUCCCAUUUUCAUCGACAUGAAGUUGAAGAGGCUACGAGUAGAGGUGGUGCUAGUUGCUGAUAUACAUAUCGUUUAUAGGAGAUGUAUUUAUACUGCAAGGUAAUGAAGAAUUGAAGUAUUUUCUCCUCA